AAAAUGACCAACUUUAGAAAACAUCUUCAAAUGAGAGACUAUUCUAAAUAAAAAAAGAACUCCAGGUAGAUUCCUCCAUGGAAGAGAGCGAUAUGGUUCAAAUAAUGACCAAAGCACACAAAGGCAGCAGUGUUAGGACAAUCUCUAUUCUAUAGAAAGCUUUAGUAAAUGCAGACAAACAUACAACUAAAAACGUUAAGACAAAAUGGGAAAAAGAAUUCAACAUAAUAAUCAAAGAGAGAGAUUGGCUGAAGAUGUGGAAACUUCAUCACACGACUACUAGCUCUGAUGUGGAGGGAGUUCACCUGGAAACAUCUCAUUUUUAUUCCACCAAAGCUAAAAGUAAACAGUUACAGACACAUCAGAAAUGCUGCAGAGAAUGUGGAGGAUUAGAUGUCCACCAUUCACACGUUUUCUGGAAAUGUCCAAAACUUUCAGAAAAUCAUCUCUAAUGUCCUGAGAAAAGUACUUGGUUUUACGAUCCUGAUGAAACCUGAAUUCUUUUAUUGAUGUGAGUUUGAUGAUGGUACUGUCCAUGACUGUGAUGAAUAUUUGAUAAAGAUAAUGUUAAUGGCUGCAAAAAAUGUAGAACAAGGAAAUGGGGACAAAACACUGUCCCAUCAAAGAAACAAUGGAGGACGUAUUCACCAUGGAAAAACUAAGCCACCGAUUACAAGAACCACAAAUGGACAAAAAAUGGACAUUCUACAUACAAAACAAUUAAGACUGUGCAACCCAGACAUUUUGUUUGUUUGUUUUUGUUACUGAUGUAUUGUAAAAUUUAAUAAAACAUAAUUGUCAAUAAAAAGCAGCUUCUUCUCCUGCAGAAGUUUUCCUUCAGUUUCCUGCAUCGGUCGGUUUGUCAGUGAAGGCAGCAGGCGUGUCAGAGUUGUCGGAGCUUUAUCAGAGUUCCUGAACGUCCCCUGAGGUCAGAUAUCAGCUGGACUCAGAGUUUUAUCUCACUUCCUGCCGUCAGUUUUAUGCUCGGUGAAUUCCUUCUGUCGUCUUCAUUCUCAGACCGACGGUCCUUCAGGCUCCACCAUGAGGCUCUUCAUCCUCCUCGUGUCCCACGUUGCCAUGGUUGCAGCGGUGGCCGGUUGCCACGACGACACAGACAAAGACCACCGGCCGAGGAAGAACUGCACGGCGGCCGGUUUCAGUGACAUCCCGGCGGGACUCGAACCCACGACACAGGUUCUGCUGUUCCCCAACAACCUGUUCUCCAGCCUGUCCUGGUCCUCCUUCCAGGUCUUCACAAAGAUCCAUGAGAUCGACCUGACGGGAAACAAGGUUCCAGACGUGACCCCCAGCGUCGCUCCCAUCCUGCCCAGCCUCAGUGUCCUCCGGCUGGGCUCCAACCGGCUGACGUCCCUCCCUGCCGACUCCUUCACCGCCUGUCCGGCUCUGACUGAACUCCACCUGGGGAACAACGUCAUCAACUCUCUGAACAACGGCAGCUUCAACGGACUGAGCAGGCUGGAGAUCCUGGACCUGUCAUCCAAUCACAUCAAGGUUCUUCCUGAUCUCAUGCUCCGCCCCCUUGCAGCCAUAGAAACCAUCUACCUGGAGAGUAACAAGAUCAGCGUGAUGCCGAAUGAUUGGUUCAGCGAGAAGGAGGAGGUGAAUUACCUGUACCUCUCAGCCAAUCCCUGGGCCUGCUCCUGCUCCCUCGAUUAUCUGCACGGCUACCUGAAGGAAAACGACGACAUCGUCUACGUGAGGGAUGGACCUAUAAUUAGUCGCAACGUGGACAGUGUGGUGUGCGACUCUCCAAAGCAUCUCGAGGGGAAACCUGUGGUCGAACUGGAAGAAUCAGACUUUUGUUCACCUACAACAGUAUCGAGUUCACGUGGAGAUUUCUACCAGCCGAAAGACCCAACUACUACCAUUGUUCCUGUAACUACUGCUGAUGCUACUCCUUCUCCUCCUCCUUCUCCUCCUCCAACUACUACUACUACUACUGCCACUACUACUACUACUGCUCCUACUACUAGUACUACUGCCGCUACUACUACUGCUACUACUACAACUACUGCUACUACUGCUGCUGCUCGUCCUACUACUCCCACAUUUAGCAUUAUACCACCAUUUGUAGAGGUAUACACUGACCACCCAAGGGUAGUCACAUGGUACCAAACUUUCACCAGACUCAUCGAAUGGUUCGAUCAUUCAGGCUUAGAGGAAGAAACACAGGAAGCAUCCAUUGAGCUGCAAGACUUUUCUACUCGUUCCACUUUUACCACGUCAACUGAAGGUCCGACCGAACCCUCUCCAGUAGCCGUAACGUUGAUGGAGCUCCCGACAAGAACGACCAUCGAGUCGACCCCAUCGUGGGGAUCUGGCACCGAAUCCGGUAAGCGGUGGCGCCGUAAAGUAACCGCUGCGGGGGUUUUCUGCAUUUGGUUGUUCGCCGGCUACUUCCUGUUGAGCGCAGCGACGGCAGCAUGCAUGGUGGUGACUCUAGUGAGGCUUUUGGUGUGGUACAGGAGAUUGUACCGGCCACUGUUGAGGAGAAUCGGAGGCGGAGUGAUGAUGGUGACGUACAGCCAGACGGAGCAGGAGGAGGCGACAGGAGGAGGCAUGACGUCGCGGUAUCGCUCGGUUCUGUUCAUCAACAGAGACAGAGGCGACACCACAGCAGCAGAGGGUGAUGGCGAAGAGAGAGGAGUGUACCGGAAGACUCUAUACCGCCUGCAGAACCGAGAGGAGGAGGUGGAGAACUGGAGGGAUGUGGUGGAGCAGUGUCGGGUCUCCAGAGAGGAUGGAGGGAGGAGGGCAGGACCGUCCAGGAAGCGCUACAGCAUCAUCCUGAGGGAGGAGCGAGGGGAGGCCGGGGGAGGCAGGGAGGAGCUGGACUGGGUGGUGGGAGGCUGGGAGGUGAUGGGAGGAGGGCAAGAGGAGCCGAGGAGCAGCUGGGGGGAGUGGCUAACGCAGUAUUUACCCAGUAUGCCCUGGGGAGUGACCACGCCCCCUGAGGACAAGGCGGCUCAGUGA